AUGGCUAAGAAACCAAGCUUGGGUCGCCAAAAGAUCAAGAUCGCAAAAAUCCARAUAAAAAACCAUCUACAAGUAACCUUCUCGAAGAGACGGUCAGGGCUCUUCAAGAAGGCUAGUGAGCUUUGCACAUUGUGUGGGGUUGAAAUUGUUAUUCUGGUAUUUUCUCCUGCUGGAAAGGUUUUUUCCUUUGGACAUCCACAAGUCGAGUCAGUUGUUGAUAGAUUUUUGACCAGAAACCUUAAUCUUAACUCGRCAAGUUUACAUUUCAUAGAGGCUCGUAGGAUAGCUAGCAUUCCUGAGCUAAACACGCAACUGAUGCACUUGUUGAAUGAGUUAGAAGUUGAGACAAAAAGAAGCAAGACGCUAGACGAAAUGAGAAAGGUGAGCCAGAGCCAGUUUUGGUGGGAAGCGUCAAUYGGAGACCUGAUUCUCCAUGAGCUUGAACAACUGAAGGUUUCAAUGGAGGAACUCAAGAAGACUAUCGCUACACAAGCUAAUAAGCUUUUAUUCGAGAAUUCUAACUCUAUGCCAAUCUUCGGUACUAAUAAUAGUAUUAGUGGUGGUAUUGAUCACUAUGAGAUCAAACCCGCUCCUAUCAUAUCAGCAUCGUUUGGUGCGUCUCACAUCCAUAGCUAUGGUUAUGGAUAUGGCUAUGACCAUGGUUUGUUCUAA